GCUCUCUUUUAAAGCAGCUUAGACCCCUAACCUACUUUGAAAGGAACGAAAAAGUGUUUCAGAAAACAAGUUGAGAGGAAUCAAAUAUUGACUGUCGUGUUUCCUCUCUAUUUUCUCCCUUCUUUGUUGUCAACCGUUUGAGUCUCUGAGAGAACAAAUCAGCACAACACCAGCUUCCGAUCUGCAUCCUGUGACUCAAAAGGACUACUCAUCAGCAGAUCCGGAGCCUGUGAGCGGCCCUAAAACACGGGGCCCCUACCGCAUCCGUGCGCGUGUGUGUCAGGAGGCUAAUGCCCGCCGUGGUGUGGACAGUGCCAGAGGAGGAUGAGUCCGGCUGUGGAGGCUCAGGCCCAGGAGGCCAUGGAUGCAGAACAGAAACAGAAGCAGCAGCUGCAGAAUCAGCCGUGUUGCAUGGAGAAAGGAGUGAUGCUUGAGCCCUUUGUGCACCAGGUGGGGGGACAUUCCUGCGUGCUGCGCUUCGGGGAGCAGACCAUCUGCAAACCCCUCAUCCCCAGGGAGCAUCAGUUUUACAAGAAUCUCCCUGCUGCAAUGAGGAAGUUCACCCCACAGUACAGAGGUGUUGUGUCAGUCAGCUUUGAGGAGGAUGAAGAAGGGAAUCUUUGCCUAAUCGCCUACCCCCUGCUCAGUGACCCGUCGGCAGAUGUGGAGAACAAAGACCCCUCUGCAGACUGUGAUGCCAAGAGUAAAAUGCUCCACUGGGGCCAAAUGAUCACAUCCUCGCUGCUUUUGGAGAGCGAAAUUUACAGCAAAGAUGGCCGAGGGCGCCACUUUCGAAAAGACAAUGACCAGAGUGGGCACACGCUUCAGGGCUACACAGAGCUGGAGCGGCCCCAGCAGGCUGAAGUGCUCCGCUACAGACUGGAUCACAGUCACAGUAACGCCGUCCCUCAGCUCAAACACAAUCCGUGGAGCCUGAAGUGUCACCAGCAGCACCUGCAGCGCAUGAAGGAGAACGCUAAGCACCGCAACCAAUACAAAUUCAUCCUGCUUGAGAACCUGACAUGGCGGCACGCAUUGCCUUGUGUAUUGGAUCUGAAGAUGGGCACACGGCAGCAUGGAGACGAUGCCUCUGAAGAGAAGAAGGCCAUACAGAUCCGCAAGUGCCAGCAGAGCACGUCAGCCUCCAUAGGAGUCCGACUCUGUGGCAUGCAGGUCUACCAUUCUGACUCCGGCCAGCUGAUCUUCAUGAACAAGUACCAUGGCCGUAAACUGACCCUGGCUGGAUUCAAGGAGGCCCUGUUCCAGUUCUUCCACAGUGGACACCGUCUGCGGCAGGAGCUGCUCUCUCCAGUGCUGAGCCGGCUCAGGGAGAUGCAGGCUGCUCUGGAGUCCUGCGAGUCGUACCGCUUCUAUUCCAGCUCCUUGCUCAUCAUCUACGACGGAGCUCAGCACAGAAAGCACACACGCCGGCGCACCAAAGACGGGCUCUCUGAAGACGAGGAGGAGGACGAGGACGAGGAGGUGGAAGCUGAGCCUAAAAUGGACGAGGAUGUGGACGAAGAGGAGGAGGGGAGUGAAGAGGCGGGUGCGUUUGGCUUUCCUCACAGCCCAGCGCCAUCUAGCGAUAGCAGCAGCAGUGGGAGCUCCACUAAUAGCCAGCCCCUAUCAGAGCUCUGCAGUCCUGUGGUAGAUGUGAGAAUGAUUGACUUUGCUCACACCACCUGCAGACAUUAUGGCGAGGACAGUGUGGUCCAUGAGGGCAAGGACAGUGGCUAUAUUUUUGGUCUCCAGAACCUGAUCACCAUCAUCUCUGAACUGGAGAACCACUGCACAGACUGACCGCUAAAAUAAAACACAUAGUUACAAAAUCAGAGGAGGAACUGAGGAGAGGACUAUUUUAGCGCUGUAGCUGUUCCUUUACCUCUUUUUGCCAUCAGUGCUUUUUGAUGUUACUGUUGUGACUGCCAGCUGACAGGAAGUGAAAUGGACUCAAGGUAACAAAGAAGCGCUGUAUGUGCGAAUGUCGCCGACAUUCAUCGUCCAGUUUUAACCCAAGUAACCAAUAAGGAGAAGGGCAGGCCGUAUAUAAAAGCCAUUCAAACUUCAGACGGCAGGUGUUCUUGUGUCAGAUUUCCAAAGAGAGAGUCAUUUUGCACUGGGGACACACCCUGAAGAAGGGGGGUGUGUUGGGACUGAAACCAGGAGAAGCAGAGCGACUGAAGGAGGACAGAAACUGCGAGUGAGCAAGAUGGCGAGCUCAGGCUUCGUUCUUCUUCUACAUGGUCAUCUUGCCAUCAUUCUUUUUUCUCUCUCCUAAAGCUAAAUAUAUCUCAGAGAGAUAAUAGAGAGAUAUUUAUUUAUAUCAUAAAAUCAACUAAAAAUGUCAAAAAAAAGAGACUGUGAAUGGAGAGUACUACAUUCCAUCUUAUUAAUGUUACAAUAAUGAUAUUGAUUAAUAUUGUUAUUUGACAUGCUUGUAUACCUCUACCUUGUUUUUUUGUUUUUUUUU